UGUAUAUUCUUGGAAUGUGAAAGUAUUUAUCAGUUCGUUAUCGCAUAACAAAACAAAGAACGCAACUCCUAAAUGCAGGAAAAACGCAUGGAACCGUUCAUAAUAAUCGCGCGUAUUUGACCCCCAAACAUGCCGUUUUGAUCUUUCGACCGCCGAAAAUGUUCAUCAAACCGCAAGAAGUGUUGAUUGCUAACGCGUUUUGGGAGACGGAGGACAGUACGUUGUAUUUUGUCGUGCAACACAGAAAGGGACAUGGCACCAUUAAGGGACUGUCCUCGCUGCUUGUGGGCACUAUGGAUUCUAUUUUUGAUACGAAACCAGCGCCGUACAGAAUUUUACACCAGACACCUUCAUCUGAAGUCUACUACUUAAUUGCGAGCGCAAUGACCCAUCAUGAAAUCGAAAAAGAUAAAGAAUGGCUAUUAACAAACGUCUCAGAAACGCUACAAAGUUUUGACAAUGAAGAGGACAUAACAAAUUUUGUUUUAUGCAAAAUCGAAUCCGUUGUCGCAACUAGACAUGAAAUAGAAAUUGAAGAUGAGGAUACCACGUCGUUCAAAGUCACUUCAGAUAAAUUUCAAAAGUUGUUCAGUCUGCCUAAAGAUGAGAAACUCGUUAAUUAUUAUUCAUGCAGCUAUUGGAAAGGGAAAUUACCGAGGCAAGGUUGGAUUUACAUGUCCAUAAAUUACUGUUGCUUUCACGCCUUCAUUUUGGGUUUGGACACUAAAGUUUGCAUUAGAUGGUCAGAAGUCACCGAGCUGAACGAAAAAAACAGUUUAGUAUUUCCGGAUUCCAUAAAAAUAGCGACUCGUGAAAAGGAAUAUUAUUUCACCAUGUUCCUGAACAGGAACGAAACGUACACUUUAAUGCAACAACUUGUUGAUCUUGCAAUGAAACGAUUGAUUGAUGAUAAGAAAAGCUUCUCAGAAGACAAAGAGUUGUUGAAUAAAUUAAGUAAAAACGUGCCGAAGAAGCCGUCGUUCCUGAAACGUGAUUUGGACGCGAGGGCCAAAUCGGAAGCGUACAGGCUGAUGUUCAGGUUACCAAACACCGAAAAACUGGACGGUCUGAUCGAUUGCACAUUGAUGACGCCCUACAACAAGAAACACGUCGCUGGCAGACUGUUUUUAUCACAGAAUUAUAUAUGUUUUGAAAGCAGAGUGAAGGCGCAAGUGAGUCUGGUCGUGCCGUUGAGGUAUGUUUCACUCGCUGAGAAAAUCGAAAACAACGCGUCCACCACGUCGUUGGACAAAGCGAUUAUUAUUACCGCCUGCAGUACCACUUUCAUAUUUGCUCAAAUUUCAGAUCGGAAUUUUCUCGUUGAAAAAAUCUCAGAGCUCCUCUCCAAAUUAUCAGACAGUUCAGAUUUAACGCCGGGCUUAAGAAAGAGCAGCGGCGACAGCGGCGACCUGAACCCGGAAUGGAAAUGUCAACCACCCCUUAUGAAAACGUUCGCCCUCAGUCCCAUACCGGAGGUGCAACGCAAACAAGAGGCAAAAAUCAAAUUGUGGGAGGAACACUUCAACACGUACGGCCGGGGUGUCUCCAUGUACCGGACCACUGAGGUGGCUAAGCUAGUUCUGGAAGGUAUUCCCGACGGCCUGAGGAUGGACAUAUGGAUGUCGUUUUCGGGUUCGGCCAACGAGCAGGCCUCGCGUCCCGGUUAUUACCGGAAGAUGGUCGACAAGGCGCUGAAAACUAAAUCUACGGCCAACGACGAGAUCGAGCGGGAUUUGCAUCGGUCGCUGCCCGAACAUCCGGCUUUUCAAAACGAAAUCGGUAUUGCUACGUUGAGGAGGGUGUUGUAUGCGUACGCUUUACACAAUCCCAGCAUCGGUUAUUGUCAGGCCAUGAACAUCGUUGCCUCGGUGCUUCUGAUUUACUGCUCCGAAGAGGAAGCGUUCUGGCUUUUGGCAACCUUAUGCGAGAACUUGCUGCCGGAUUAUUACAACACCAGGGUUGUCGGUGCUGUUGUCGAUCAGGGGAUUUUGGACGAGCUCACCCUGGAGCAUUUGCCAGCUCUACACGACAAGCUUAUCAAACUAGGAAUGAUGAAUAUGAUUUCCUUAUCUUGGUUCUUGACGAUUUUCCUCUGCGUUAUGCCCUAUGAAAGUGCCGUUAACGUGAUGGACUGCUUUUUUUACGAUGGUGCUAAAGUUAUCUUCCAAGUCGCAUUGAUGCUUCUAGAAUGGAAUCAGGAGAAGCUUCUACAGUGUCGCGAUGAAGGUGAAGCUAUGCAACUACUGGCCGAUUAUCUAAUGGGUGUGUUCAACGACGAGGGACGUGGCGCGAUCAGAAAUAAAAGCUACGAUGAACAAAAACGAAGUGUUUCUAUACAGAAUUUAGUGUACGAAUCGUAUAGGAAAUACGGUUUUUUAACCACCGGCCAGAUAGAACGACUGAGAUUAAAACAUCGUUUAAAAGUGGUGCAAGAAUUGGAGGACGCUUGCGACAGAAACGUGCUCAGAUGUGUCGUUAACGAUGGAUUUUUCACCACCCAGGAACUACAAGACCUCUUAAGUUUGGUACGUGAAGAGAUAAUAAGACAGAAAAAACACAUUCCGGACAAAUACGAUCCAUCCAUUCAACCACACGAAGCCUACAAAGUUGAUUUUGAGUAUUUCAAAAUGCUCUUCGUCACUUUAUCUCCGUGGGGAAAAGCUGAAUCGGCCGAAACUUUGGCAGCAGGAAUAUUCCGAUUGAUGGAUGUGAACAGAGACGGUUAUUUAAACUUUAAAGAACUUGCCAUGGCACUAGGAUUGACUGCCACUGCUGAUCCGGCCCAAAGGUUGAAGCUCCUCUACACAAUACAUUUGCCACCUCUUUUGGUUAUAUCCGACAUGCAAUCACCGGCUAAAAAUGAAGCGGGUGCCGAAAUUGCGUCGGAGGCGGAAGAUUUCUUUCAGAGUGUGGAGAAGAGUGUCGAUUCGUUGAGCUUGCACUCGGACGAAGCAGUGUCUCCCACAAUUUGGCAGAAAUCAUUUGAAUCUCAGUCGUCGAACGAUUCGAGUUACAGUCAAAACGGUGAACUGAACUGGGAGGUGAAGAGUUUGACCACGUUACGGAACAUCGUGCAAUCUAAGGACAACAAGCUUAAUCUUAAGGGGGUGCCCAAAAUGUCCCAAAAGCAUUUUAUUGCGAUGUGGAAGACGGUUUACGAUAUUAUUCAACCACAACCCGAUGAUACUGAGUUGUACCAUGCACUUGCAAAUGUGGGAGUACUUUUGUUUCAACUAGGAGAUGUAGGAAGGAAAUUCUUUGUGAACAGAGAAGAAUCUGAAGAUAGCUUAGUCGACGCAGCUUCAGCAUGUGGUACAAUGACUCUAACGGACUGUUCCCCGGAUAAAAAUGGGAAUCCAUCUACUCCAAAAACCGAAAUCCAAUGGUUCAUAACGAUUCAACAGUUCCAGGCGUCUAUUUUAAAGGCCCCGCCUUUGGUAGACUAUUUUUCAGACCGCGUCUCAAUUAGUGAUCACAUUCAGCAGCUCAAAAGUCGGAGGUUCAACCGUUAUAAUUCUCUGCACGACGUGCAUGUUGUUAAAGUGUGAAAAAACGAGGUGUAAUAUAUAAUAAUUGAGUAUUAACUGUAUGAAUUUUAGUUCGAAUUAUUGCAUUUAAUCAACGUAAUUUUAAUAUAUGGUUCUCAAUAGCUUAUAUGUAAAUAAUGUGAUACCUUUUUAUGUUUUAUUUCCAAAUAAAGUUCUUAUUAUUGAUUGCAUAAUAUUUUAUACAAUGCAAUAUUCACAUAUUUUUCUAUCUAUAUAUUUUAUCGUGGUUUAAAACAUUUACCGAAUGUGCCAUUUGUAAUUAUUUCAAUUGUAAAUAUUGCUUGUUAAAUAAACUAUAUUGUUCCAUUUUA